AUGGCGAGGCCCCAACAGGCGCCCCAUCGAGCCCGGGCUCGGGCGGUCCAUAUGUUCCCCGGGGCCGGUCGGAUCCUAGAGCAGGGUGGGAACCCCGGCAGUUAUCGGGCCACAGAGGGGCGUGGGGUGAGCCCCGGAGAUCAGCCCACAGCCGGGCAUGGGGUGAGCCCCGAGCAUGUGGAAGAAGCAGAGGAGACUGGCAAUGCAGGCAGCACCGAGCCGGCAUGGAUGAUGAGCCCAAUGGAGCGUGCCUGCUUGGAGUUUUGCAUUGAGCUGCUCAACCAGCGCCACCGUGCCCAUGAAUAUGAAAGCCCCCUUGUGUGUGCCAUGGCGGUGCUCGGCUGGGGGAGACUGGGUGGCGUGAUCCCGACAGUUACCCCCCAUUUUAUCGCGGAUGAUUGUGACGGCUCAGCUCAGUGCUUUCAUGAACAUUCAUUGUCAGCAUGGCAAACAAUGCCAUGA